AUGAACAGGUUUGAUUUAGGGAAACCUAGCAGUUUCCAGUCUGAGUGUUUGAAUAUCAUCCAAACAUUACAGUAAGAGGAGAGGUAAUUUCCCUUUUUAUAUCUUAAUAGGAUUCCAGUUGAAGUUCAAGUCAUUAGUGCUCGAAGAAUUCAAAUACUUUCAAUGGGUCGGUCUAAAAUUUUGGAUAUAAUAAUUGUGCUGAGUAUAGAAUGA